UCGCGCAGGUUGAGGAUUUCGCAGCGAUUUCAGCCAUGACUGCCAUGCCCACUGUGACCUUGGCUGCCCCCACCCCCAUGGCGUAUCCCGUGGGCCCAAUGGGUGCCAUGGGACCCAUGGGUGCCAUGCCCAUGGCGCCUGUGCCGGUGGCGUUCCAACCCACCCUGCUGGUGCCUGUGGCGAUGGUCAUGGUCAACGUUCCCAGCCCCUGCUCCACACCCACCUCUGUGCCAAGCCAUGCCAGUUCGGAGAUGGUGUUCCAAGGAAGUUUGUCUCGGCAAAGCACCGGUGACGCCACGGCCACGACUGCCACGGAGACGAUCGCCGACGACGUGGAGGGCGCCGUGGCGGGCAGCGUGUGGAACCUGUCCCAACGCCACAAGGGCUGCCGCCUGGUGCAGCAGGCCUUGGAGAAUUGUGGGGAGGCCGAAAGGGCAAUGCUGGCGCAGGAGUUGAAGGGCCACAUCGUGGAGGCAUCGCGCUCCCCCUGUGGCAACUACGUCCUCCAGAAGUUGAUCCAGGUCUUGAGGCCCCAAAGCUGUCAGUUCAUCAUUCACGAGUUGAUGGAGGACCCAGAAGAGGUGUGCGACCUGGCACGCCAUCAGUACGGCUGCCGCAUCCUUCAGCGACUCUUCGAGAACUGCCAGGCGGAACAGAUGGAGGGCAUCGUCCACAUGCUGCUGAACGAGGGACACAUCCACAGCUGCAUCCAGACGAAAUGGCGACCGACCUGGCGACAACCCCACCGUAAGACAGGCAGCAGAUCUUCGACUUUGGCACCGAAACGCAGCGAAGAAAGCUGUGCAAUGUCCUGCUGGCGAGCUGCCAGCUGUGCAACGACGAACAUGCCACGCAGGUCUUGCAGAAAGCGCUUCAGCAUGCGCCACAGCAGGUGCAGUUGGCCCAGUCCUUGGUGCAGCAGCUGCCUCAGAUGGCCAAGGGACGUCACAGUCAUCAGACAGUGAUCACGGCCAUGCAGCUGUUGCCGCAGGAGGAGUCUGAGCGUGCCAUUGGGCUGCUGUCGCAGAAGGUCAACAAGUUGUGGGCUUCGCGCUAUGGGCGCCUGGUCGUGAAAUCGAUCCCCAAAUUGUACCAGCAGUGUUCCUCUAUGACCCGUCGGGAGGCAGCAUCCGCAUAGGCCUUUUUUCGCUGCACUUUCGUGCGCCUUUGAUAUUUGGGAACCCAAAACUAUGGGGAUCAGUGGUACAACAGAAUCAGUACAAGACUGGUUGGUGGUUUCAAAUGGUUUCAACAUUUUUCUCC